GCUCGGGUCCGGGGAAAGCGCGUGCGCACCGCAAGCGGCGCAUGCAGGUCUCCGGCGCCACGCAGCUCCUGAGCACGGGGGAGCUGGGGGCCACGCACUUGGGCUUCACCGCCUGCUACGGCCGGGAUAGGGGCCCGGUGGGCAGCUGGCCGCGCAGGCCGCAGCCACCCGAGUCCCGCACCAGUUCUCCCGCCUCAUGGCCCUGGGCCCGCCACUCCGAACUCCGACUUCCCGAAGAGGCUGCCGCAGGCUGUCAAAGCUGGGAGGGCAGCCUAGCCUUGGCGCGCCUCCUAGGUUGCGCUCUUGAGUCCUCCCCAGGCCGCAGCUACGCCCAGGGCGCCGCGGAACCCCGCCCCCGCGGCCCUUCUCCGGCCAAGACCAAGGAGGACGCCACGCCGCCGCCGGACGGUUCUCUUGUCCUUUGGCGAGGAUUCUCCAAGGCGUCUCAAUACAUGGGCCGGCUCAGAAAUGCCAGGAUCCACGUGGAGAGAGCUGUCAAGAAGAAGGUCUUUAUGAUCCAAGGCCACUACCCUGUGAUCCGGUGCCUCCUGCGCCGGAGGGGCUGGGUGGAGAAGAAGAUGGUUCAUCACUUGGACAAUAACCUGCCACCAUCGCAGAAGGAUCUGGAUAGCUCAGUAAUGGGUGACAGUGACACCACUGAAGAUGAGGAUGAAGAUGAGGUUGAGGCAUUCCGGCCAGCACAGCUAUUCACCUUUGAUGACAUACUGGAAUUUGAUGACCUACAUGGGACGCAUGCUCUGAUGUCCCGCAUGGUUCGGAACGAGGUCCCCUACUUCAUCUGGACCACUCGGCGGGAUGUGCUGGACUGUCGCUUACUGUCCAAGGAUCAAAUGAUAAACCACUAUGCCCGGGCAGGCUCCUUUACCACAAAGGUGGGUCUCUGUCUCAAUCUCCGGAAUCUGCUGUGGUUUGACGAGGCUGAUGCCGACUCCUUCUUCCCGCGCUGCUACUGCCUGGGGGCUGAGGACGAUAAGAAGGCCUUCAUAGAGGACUUCUGGCUGACCGCUGCCCGCAACGUUCUCAAGCUGGUGGUAAAAUCCGAAUGGAAGUCAUACUCUAUCCAGGCAGAAGAGGAAGAAGCCCUAGGAGACAAGCAGCUCAAGAAACAGGAGAAAAAAACAGUGACAGUGUCCCCAGAGUUUGUGGAUGAGGCUCUGUGUGUCUGUGAGGAGCACCUUAGCAACCUGGCCCAUGUGGACAUCGACAAGGACCUGGAGGCCCCCCUGUACCUGAGCCCGGAGGGCUGGUCCCUCUUCCUCCAGCGCUACUACCAAGUGGUCCACGAGGGGGCAGAACUCAGGCACCUCGACACUCAGGUCCAGCGCUGUGAGGACAUCCUGCAGCAACUGCGGGCCGUGGUGCCCCAGAUGGACAUGGAAGGAGAUCGCAACAUCUGGAUCGUGAAGCCAGGAGCCAAGUCCCGCGGACGAGGCAUCGUGUGCAUGGACCACUUGGAGGAGAUGCUGAAGCUGGUGGACAGCAACCCCAUGAUGAUGAAGGACGGUAAAUGGGUGGUGCAGAAGUAUAUUGAGCGGCCCCUGCUCAUCUUUGGCACCAAGUUUGAUCUGAGACAGUGGUUCCUGGUGACCGACUGGAACCCACUUACUGUGUGGUUCUACCGCGACAGCUACAUCCGCUUCUCCACACAGCCCUUCUCCCUGAAGAACCUGGACAACUCUGUGCACCUGUGCAACAACUCCAUCCAGAGACACCUGGAGAACUCGUGCCACCGGCACCCGCUACUGCCCUCGGACAACAUGUGGUCGAGCAAGAAGUUCCAAGCCCACUUGCAGGAGAUUGGGGCCCCAAACGCCUGGUCAACUAUCAUCGUGCCCGGCAUGAAGGCCGCGGUGAUCCAUGCCCUCCAGACGUCCCAGGACACCGUACAGUGUCGCAAAGCCAGCUUCGAACUCUAUGGCGCUGACUUUGUAUUCGGUGAGGACUUCCAGCCCUGGCUGAUCGAGAUCAACGCCAGCCCCACCAUGGCACCCUCCACGGCGGUCACCGCCCGGCUCUGUGCUGGAGUGCAAGCCGACACACUGCGUGUGGUCAUCGACCGGCGACUGGACCGCAACUGUGACACGGGAGCCUUUGAGCUCAUCUACAAGCAGCCUGCUGUGGAGGUGCCCCAGUAUGUGGGUAUCCGACUCCUAGUAGAGGGUUCCACCAUCAAGAAGCCCCUGGCGAUGUGUCACCAGCGGAUAGCGGUGCGCCCAGCCCUCUCUCACCUGCUGACCCAGCGAGGCUCUGGGGAAGGCAAGGACUCGGGAACCCUUACCCACAGGUCAGCUUCUAGGAAAGUUGCUGGGGCCAGGAGCCUGGGGCACACUGAGAAGCCAGACUCCACUGUCACCACCUCGGCCCCUGGAAAGGGGAAGAAAGGCAAGGUGAAAAGUGUCACAGCCCCGGUCCACCCCAUUUGCCGAAAGUGGGACUCCCCCAGCACGAGGAUGGGUUGCAUAUUCACCAUGACCUUUGCUAGUGGGGACAGGCCCUCCCACCCCUUGAACAUAUUGUCAUUGAGUCCGAAGAACCCCCAGACCAUGGGUAACACCAUUCUCCCCCGAUACCCCAGGGUCCUGAGGCAGUUUCUUCCUGCUCUCCAAGCCACUCCAAACCACCCCACCCUUAGCCCCACCAGAGAGCCACCAGUAGUAAGUAAAAGCCAUCACGUACAAAGUACUUUUUAAAAAUACACAGCCAGAUGAGCAUUGGCCCCUCCAAAGCAGUCAUUCAGCGAGGCAGUUGGUACAUAUUUCAAUCCCAGGUUGAUCUUUCUCCAGAGCCCAAGCUUUUCCUGCUGCAGUAUUGUGUCUUUGCCUCCAUGCAAAGUCACCUCUUGGGGAAGGGAACUAAUAUCUGUAUAGUACUUAACAGUUUACACUGUGUCACCACCUGACCAGCUCCUUUAGUCCUCACGACUUAGCAAGGGAGGUGCUAUUGUCCCCAUUUUCCGGUCAAGGUAUCAGGAAGUUUAAGGAAGUUGCCCGAGGUUGCACAGCUCAGAAGGGGCAGAGCUGGGAUGCAGACCCAGGUCUGUUGGACUCCAAACCUUGGGUUCUCCCUGUGGCCUCUGGAGGAAGAACUGGGAGGGCUCUAACUGCCCUCACAUGCCUGGCCCUCAUCUCUCCCCACCUCCCCUCCUCACAUGUCCUGAGGGGUAGCUGGCCAGCCUUGGGCCCUCCCCAGGCACUCACAGCCGCUCUUGCUCCCACAGCCUCUUACCACUUCCCCAGCCUCCACAGCAAGGGCCGGCUGCCUUCUCCCCAUGUGCUCCAACCCCAGGGGCAGGUCCUCAGACUGCAGCACAGCAAGCUGGUGGGCUCUGAGGCCCUGUCGACCACAGGCAAGGCCUUGAUGACUCUACCUACCGCCAAGGUUUUGAUUUCCCUCCCACCUAACCCUGAGCUCAAGCUGCCAUCCAACACCCUGAAACCAAGAGAGGUGGGCCUUGAACUGUGACCUGUACCCUGGUGGGCAGUGCUGAGUACUGGGGUCAGGGCUGGAGGGCAGGUAGAGGGAAGCCCCCAGGCUGACCUGAGCCCCAAGGGAAGGGCUUGUAUCCCUUAGAACCCCCUUCCUGGACAGAUUCCUGAUCGUCUCUCCCCUUCUCCCCUCCUUUCACACUGAGGCUCUUGCUCCCCAGUGCGUUCACGGUCCCCAGCUUGGAAGUAACUUGUGGUCUCCACCCUUUGAAGCUGGGAGUCUUCCUAGCACCCAUGGGAAGAUCAAGGCCAAAGGCAAGUUCAAGGCCAGACUUUGUGACAAACCCAAGGCUGAGAAAUGCCUCAUGACAACACUGAGCCUUCCAGGACCCCUGCCCUGUAUCAGUGCACAUCAUGGGCUGGCGGGAAUGAGGGACAUGAGGCUACAGAAGCCCUUGCUUCCAUCCUCACUGCCCUUAUCCUGGAUGCAGCACCAAAUAAAAAAGAAAAUGAAGUA